CCUUCCUGCGCCGCGCUCCGCUCCCGCGCCUCCCGGCCGCCGCCGCCCUCCGUCCGCAGGGCCGCCCGCGCCCGCCCGGGGCUGCGGCGCGCGCCAGCCAUGGAAUGAUGCCCACGGCCCGCCCGGUCCCGGUCCCGGUAAUUCUCUGAUGUGACGGCUGAGACAUGAGAUCUUCAGCCUCCAGGCUCUCCAGUUUUUCGUCAAGAGAUUCACUAUGGAAUCGGAUGCCGGACCAGAUCUCCGUCUCCGAGUUCAUCACCGAGACCACCGAGGACUACAACUCGCCCACCACGUCCAGCUUCACCACGCGGCUGCACAACUGCAGGAACACCGUCACGCUGCUGGAGGAGGCUCUAGACCAAGAUAGAACAGCCUUGCAGAAAGUGAAGAAGUCUGUAAAAGCAAUAUAUAAUUCCGGUCAAGAUCACGUACAAAAUGAAGAAAACUAUGCACAAGUUCUUGACAAGUUUGGAAGUAAUUUUUUAAGUCGAGACAACCCAGAUCUGGGCACCGCUUUUGUCAAAUUUUCUACUCUUACAAAGGAACUGUCCACGCUGCUGAAAAAUCUGCUCCAGGGUCUGAGCCACAAUGUGAUCUUCACCUUGGACUCCUUGUUAAAAGGAGACCUGAAGGGAGUCAAAGGAGAUCUCAAGAAGCCAUUUGACAAAGCUUGGAAAGAUUAUGAGACAAAGUUUACAAAAAUUGAGAAGGAGAAAAGAGAGCAUGCAAAGCAGCACGGGAUGAUCCGCACAGAGAUCACAGGAGCCGAGAUCGCAGAGGAGAUGGAGAAGGAACGGCGCCUCUUUCAGCUCCAAAUGUGCGAAUAUCUCAUUAAAGUUAAUGAAAUCAAGACUAAAAAGGGUGUGGAUCUGCUACAGAAUCUUAUAAAGUAUUAUCAUGCACAGUGCAAUUUCUUUCAAGAUGGCUUGAAAACGGCUGAUAAAUUGAAACAGUACAUUGAGAAACUGGCUGCUGAUUUAUAUAAUAUAAAACAGACCCAGGAUGAAGAAAAGAAGCAGCUAACCGCACUCCGGGACUUAAUAAAAUCCUCUCUUCAACUUGAUCAGAAAGAAGAUUCCCAGAGCCGGCAAGGAGGGUACAGCAUGCAUCAGCUGCAGGGCAAUAAGGAAUAUGGCAGUGAAAAGAAGGGUUACCUGCUGAAGAAGAGCGAUGGGCUCCGGAAAGUGUGGCAGAGGAGGAAGUGCGCUGUCAAGAACGGGAUUCUGACCAUCUCACACGCCACGUCUAACAGGCAACCGGCCAAGUUGAACCUUCUCACCUGCCAAGUAAAACCAAAUGCCGAGGACAAGAAGUCCUUUGACCUGAUAUCACAUAAUAGGACAUAUCACUUUCAGGCAGAAGAUGAGCAGGAUUAUGUAGCAUGGAUAUCAGUAUUGACGAAUAGCAAAGAAGAGGCCCUAACCAUGGCCUUCCGUGGAGAGCAGAGCACAGGAGAGAACAGCCUGGAAGACCUGACGAAAGCCAUUAUUGAGGAUGUCCAGCGGCUCCCCGGGAAUGACGUCUGCUGUGAUUGUGGCUCGUCAGAACCCACCUGGCUUUCCACCAACUUGGGUAUUUUGACCUGUAUAGAAUGUUCCGGCAUCCAUAGGGAAAUGGGGGUUCACAUUUCUCGCAUUCAGUCUUUGGAACUAGACAAAUUAGGAACUUCUGAACUCUUGCUGGCCAAGAAUGUAGGAAACAAUAGUUUUAAUGAUAUUAUGGAAGCAAAUUUACCCAGCCCCUCGCCAAAACCCACCCCUUCAAGUGAUAUGACUGUACGGAAAGAAUAUAUUACCGCAAAGUAUGUAGAUCAUAAGUUUUCAAGGAAGGCCUGUUCAUCUCCAUCAGCUAAACUGAAUGAAUUGCUCGAGGCCAUCAAAUCCAGGGAUUUACUUGCACUAAUUCAAGUCUAUGCAGAGGGGGUGGAGCUAAUGGAACCACUGCUGGAAUCCGGACAGGAGCUUGGGGAGACAGCACUUCAUCUUGCAGUCCGAACUGCAGACCAGACGUCUCUCCAUUUGGUUGACUUCCUUGUACAAAACUGUGGGAACCUGGAUAAGCAGACAGCCCUGGGCAACACGGCUCUACACUACUGCAGUAUGUACGGUAAACCCGAGUGUUUGAAGCUUCUUCUCAGGAGCAAGCCCACCGUGAGUGUCGUUAACCAAGCUGGGGAGACUGCCCUGGACAUAGCAAAGAGAUUGAAAGCCACCCAGUGUGAAGAUCUGCUUUCCCAGGCUAAAUCUGGGAAGUUCAACCCACACGUCCACGUGGAAUAUGAGUGGAACCUGCGACAGGAGGAGAUGGAUGAGAGCGAUGAUGACCUGGAUGACAAACCGAGCCCCAUCAAGAAAGAGCGCUCCCCGAGGCCUCAGAGCUUCUGCCACUCCUCCAGUAUCUCCCCCCAGGACAAGCUGUCACUGCCGGGCUUCAGCACCCCGAGGGACAAGCAGCGGCUCUCCUACGGCGCCUUCACCAACCAGAUCUUCGUCUCCACAAGCACAGACUCGCCCACGUCACCGACCGCAGAGGCUCCUCCGCUGCCUCCUAGAAACGCCGGGAAAGGUCCAACUGGCCCACCUUCAACACUCCCUCUAAGCACCCAGACCUCUAGUGGCAGCUCCACCCUGUCCAAGAAGAGGCCUCCUCCCCCACCACCCGGACACAAGAGAACCCUAUCCGACCCUCCCAGCCCACUACCUCACGGGCCCCCAAACAAAGGCGCAGUUCCUUGGGGUAACGAUGUGGGUCCAUCAUCAUCAAGUAAGACCGCAAACAAGUUCGAGGGACUGUCUCAGCAAUCCAGCACCGGUUCUGCAAAGACUGCCCUUGGUCCAAGAGUUCUUCCUAAACUACCUCAGAAAGUGGCACUAAGGAAAACAGAAACCAGCCAUCACCUCUCCCUAGAUAAAGCCAACAUCCCGCCCGAGAUCUUCCAGAAGUCAUCGCAGUUGGCAGAGUUACCGCAGAAGCCACCACCUGGAGACCUGCCCCCGAAGCCCACAGAACUGGCUCCCAAGCCCCAAAUUGGAGAUUUGCCACCGAAGCCAGGAGAACUGCCCCCCAAGCCGCAGCUGGGCGACCUGCCACCCAAGCCCCAGCUGGCAGACUUACCUCCCAAGCCACAGAUGAAGGACCUGCCUCCCAAACCGCAGCUGGGGGACCUGCUGGCGAAACCCCAGACCGGAGAUGUCUCACCCAAGGCGCAGCAGCCCCCUGACGUCACGCAGAAGGCACCCCCGGCGGAUCUCUCCCCAAAUGUGCAGUCCCGAGACACCAUCCAAAAGCAAGCAUCUGAAGACUCCAAUGACCUCACGCCCACUCUGCCAGAGACGCCCGUACCACUGCCCAGGAAAAUCAAUACGGGGAAAAACAAGGUGAGACGAGUGAAGACCAUCUACGACUGCCAGGCGGACAAUGACGACGAGCUCACGUUCAUGGAGGGGGAAGUGAUCGUCGUCACAGGGGAGGAGGACCAGGAGUGGUGGAUCGGACACAUCGAAGGACAGCCCGAACGGAAGGGGGUCUUCCCGGUGUCCUUUGUUCACAUCCUGUCCGACUAGCAGAAAGCAGAGCCCGACGAUUGUCCACAUCCUCAUGCGAGACUGCUGCCUGCACGUAACCCCGUGCACACGUGUGUAUAUAGCUGCUGUUACAGAACGAGAGACUCCCGGAAGGGCCACCUCAGGAGGGGACUCGGUGUGUGCUGUAAAUACCCCGUGGGCUCCGCCCUCGCCGGUGGUGGGGGGCCUGGGCGCCCGGCACUUCCAUCCCGAUGCCCUUUUCCCAGCAGACAGACAAGCCCAGGAGCAUAGGAGCUGCUGGCGUUGCGGAGAGAGGGUCUCCAGCAACCGCUGGGAGGCAGGGGAGCGGCUCUGUUCCUCACCAAACAGUAUUCGCAACCGCGUUGCCCACAGCGCAGCCUUAGCAGAGAGGUGGGUUCUGUUGUCCAGGUGAGACUUUCAGCUCCGUGAGAGCAGCCCGUAGUGCUAGCUGGGGACACAGUUUACAGCUGCCGCAACCGACGUGGGUAUUUAUUACAGAGAGAAGUGCUCGGUUCAGUGUGUAAGUGUUACUCCUCCGGCAAAGUGUCCACCGACCCAAAACCUUCAGUGGCACCUCACGGUCCCCACCGCCUCGCGCAGGGUAGGCCAGGUGGCUGUAUACUGUCUUCUGGCGAUGCGUGCCCGCCCCUGAGAUAUUACCUCAUUAUGCAGAAAUAACAUAUCCUUCACGACUAUUUUGACAAAAGCUUAAAACGCAUCUGAUGAAGUUCAACUCUGAGGAACCGAGGACCGCCAGGAAACAUUAGCCUCUACGUUAUGCAUGCAUUUAGAAGCUUACCUGAGAUCUGCCUUUUAUAAAGGAAUAGUACGGACAAGUGGAACUGUACGUUUUUUUAACUUGAUCGCCAUUAAAGCAGAAAUUAUAAGGUCGCAACAA